CGGUUCGGAUAAGCGUGCGUAGACGCUAUCACUGGUUUAGCUCUGUCGACAAUAAUUUGGACGGUUUCGCUGGGCGUUCGUUUCCUUCGUUGCGGGUAUCUAGUUUACUUUCCAGUGCAUGCGCGCGAUGGGAGGCUUGUUGCUUUGCCUUAAGGUUUUCAAGGCCUAUAGUCACACGUAUCAGCUGGCAUUGAUUGGUAACUUCUAUCAGCGGUACGUCUGGCUCACGUGCUACCUGCGAUAGCAACGUGGCGCCACGGUGUUCAAACUCAAGUAACGUGCCUACGUCGGUACGCGUCGGUCUGUCACCCGGUGCUGUGUCUUGGUGUGAUCGCCGACGAACGUACAGCUAUGGGGACUAACCGCAUCUCGCAGAAGUGCCUGGCGGUAACGGCACUUCUUUUGAUGCAUUGUCCGCUACUGCUUGCGCUUCACCUAACGGAAGGUUACUGCAGCGCGUUCCCUCUCGUCGUUAACACUUGGGGAUUCUCCAACGCUACACACCGAGCAUGGGAAGUGCUUACUGCCGAGAAUGGGACAGCGCUUGAUGCUGUGGAGCAGGGCUGCGCACAGUGCGAGAGGGACCAGUGUGAUGGCACAGUUGGGUUCGGCGGCAGUCCAGACGAAGGCGGAGAGACCACUUUGGAUGCGCUGAUCAUUGACGGCCCCAGCUACUCCAUGGGGGCUGUGGGGGACUUGCGUCGGGUGAAGCAUGCCAUCUCCGUGGCACGUGCAGUCAUGGAGCGUUCCACUCACACGUUCCUCGUUGGCGAGAAAGCCACCCAGUUUGCAGUCGAGAUGGGCUUCCAAGAAGAGUCGCUGGCCACGAACCACUCCAAGCAGAUGUGGGCUGAAUGGAAGGCCAACAACUGCCAGCCGAACUACCGCCAGAAUGUGGUUCCGAACCCCUGGACAAGUUGUGGUCCGUACCGGCCAACGAAACAGCUGUCUGCAGACAGGCGUGCCUGCCCAUCUGCAGCCAGUGAGCUCAACCACGACACUAUUGGCAUGGUGGUCAUCGAUGGCAGCAAGAGGCUGGCAGCGGGCACCUCCACAAACGGCAUGAACCACAAGAUCCCAGGCCGCAUCGGGGACUCGCCCAUCCCUGGCGCGGGCGCCUAUGCUGACCAGGAAGUGGGCGGGGCUGCGGCCACUGGCGAUGGCGACAUCCUCAUGCGCUACUUGCCAAGCUUCCAUGCAGUGGAGAGCAUGCGUCGGGGUGCAGACCCACGGAGUGCGACCGUUGCUGCUCUCCAUCUCAUCGUACGGCACCAUCCACAAUUUGUCGGUGCCCUGGUGGCUGUCAGCAUCGACGGGACUUAUGCAUCCACGCAACAAACAAGGCGAGCAGACGAUGGAGCUGGAAAGACAUUACUACUCUGCCCUACAUACUCUGCGAAUGCUAGCAGCUGACUGGUUUGAGCGUGCCGCUUGCCAUGGCAUUCCAUCGUUCCCUUACUCGGUGGCCAAGCCAGAGUACGGCACUGCUGUGGUGGAACACGUAAAGUGCACCAACUGAGCUUGCUUAGAACCAUCGCCGAGGGAAAACUAUAGAGAUUGUCUUCGUCCCAUCGGAAGAGUUGCAAGAGAAAGCAUAGCACCAGUUACGUCUGCAGUUCAUCUUUCGACAUAUCGCAGUCCAGGCACACCUAUGCCUCGUGUGAGGAGUCUGGUGUGGUUAACAGUUUUUAAGACAAUGCAGCGAGAGCCCAACAUUACCUGUCAGUGGCAUCAGAUGCACCGUGACAUUGCUGCACUACUCGGCACCUGCAAGUACAUCAUGUAAAUUUACUCGCAAUCAUGCACUGGCCAACUUGCUGUUUGAUAACUGCAAGCGGUUAUCUGUUUUCUGAACAAAAGGACGAGUGUUUACAUUAAAGUAGUUGUUUCGCUCCACAGUA